AAUUUAGUUUGUUCGCGCAUUCAGACCCUUACAGUUGUUCAUCUUUCUCUCUUUCGCUCUCUCCAUCCGAUUCUCGAUUCCCGUACGAACGUGUGUGUGCAACAAGACCCCAAAGAGCAGGCAGGAAAGAAUCGAGCCGAGCGGCAGCCCCAACAAUAUUCGUAAAAACUACAAAUUGCCAAAAAGAAGUGUGGCUGUAUUCAAUUGAGCAGCAUCAGCAGCAGCAGAAAAAGCAAGAAGAAGACUGGAAAGUGUACGAAAGGAAUAAAAGCGAGUGAAAUAGCGCCAGGCACACAAGGAAUACAAGAAAAGAAGCAGCAAGACGCAGCAGCAGCAGCAGCAGCCGAAGAGCGACUGACCCAUCGAAUUCCCUUUCCUCUCCCGAAGCACUUGCCCUUGUAAUGGCUCUACUUCGGUCGCUGAGGACCCAACGUACCACAACAUACUUGAUCUACAGCCGCACCAGCGUCAACGUCAGCUCGAGCAGCUCAGCCGCCGUUGCUGCCAUCAGACGCAGCCUCCAUACCACAACCGCCCUUGAAGUCGACGUCCAGGCGAACAGCCAGAGCAGCUCCAACCAAGAGCUCCAGCAUGGGCAGGCAGCAAACAUAUUGCGUCGCCGUCAGCAGCAGCAUCAUCAUCACUUAUUGAGUCGCCUGAUUGGCACACCCGUGGGCGUUGGAGUCGGUGGAGGAUCGCGGCAGCACGCUCGCUAUGUUCACUCCGGCCAGAACGGGCGCCAGUCCCAUCAGCUGGUGCAGCCCGAGGUCAUCGUCGGGGAAACGAUGCGCGACAAGCGACAGCUGGGAAAGUCGGCGUCGCCCAAGCCGACCGGGACGCCGCAGCGCGAUCCGCUCGACGUAAGCUUCAACGAUCCGAUUGCUGCCUUCAAGAGCAAGACCACGUGGGAGCUGGUGCGCGCCUAUAUGGUGUACAUGAUCUGUUCCAGCGAGAAACUAGUCGAGCAUAAUAUGACGCUUAUGAAAUGGUCGAAGCAGAUCUUGGGGACGCGGUUAUUCACAAUGUUGAUGAAGGCGACGUUCUAUGGCCACUUUGUUGCUGGCGAGGAUCAAAUCAAGAUAAUACCCACACUGGAAAGACUCCGUUCAUUUGGCGUCAAGCCCAUUCUUGACUAUUCCGUCGAAGAGGACAUCAGCCAGGAGGAGGCAGAGAAACGCGAAGUCGAAUCUUCCGUUUCGAGCGCUGGCGAUAACAAGGAGGAGGGCGCCAUGCCGCAGUACCAUGUGGACAAAUCGUUUGCCGACCGUCGCUAUAAGGUGAGCAGCGCCCGCACCUACUUCUAUCUCAAUGAGGCCACCUGCGAGCGCAACAUGGAAACGUUCAUCAAGUGCCUGGAGGCUGUUUCGGAUGACGAUGCCAAGGUGCCCCGUGCCAGCGCCGCGGGCGCUACAUUCGGCACUGGCAUUACGGCCAUCAAGCUCACCGCCCUCGGCCGUCCACAAUUGCUGCUGCAAUUGUCUGAGGUGAUUAUGCGCACACGCCAGUAUAUGGAGGAUCUGAUGGGUGGGCAGGGCAAUGUGCUGACCCACCACAAGACGAUCAAAGAUCUCGAGAAGUAUUAUGCCACGCUGGGCGACAACAAGAAUGUGCAGGACUUCCUUAAGAAUGUCACCUCGGACAAGGAGGGCAUUCUGCAUCUGUUCCCCUGGUCGGGAAUUGUCGAUGAGGACUCGCAGCUGAGCGACACGUUCCGUGUGCCCGAUCCACAGACCGGCCAAAUGCGCCGACUGAUCUCACAGAUACCGCCCAAAGAGGAGGAAAUGUUUAGGAAUAUGAUUCGUCGUCUAAACACGAUUGUAAAGACUGCUGCCGAGCUGGACGUGCGCAUUAUGAUCGAUGCGGAGCAGACCUACUUCCAGCCGGCCAUUUCGCGCAUCACCCUGGAGAUGAUGCGCAAGUACAACAAGGACAAGGCCAUCGUUUUCAACACGUAUCAGUGCUACUUGCGCGAAUCGUUCCGCGAGGUCGGCACCGAUCUGGAGCAGGCCAAGCGCCAGAACUUCUACUUUGGCGCCAAGCUGGUGCGCGGCGCGUACAUGGAGCAGGAGCGUGCACGUGCUCAGGCCCUGGGCUAUCCGGAUCCCGUCAAUCCCACAUACGAGGCCACCACAGACAUGUACCACAAGACGCUGUCCGAGUGCCUGCGACGCAUCAAGCUGAUGAAGGACUGCGGCGAUGAUGCCCGGAAGAUUGGCAUUAUGGUGGCAUCCCACAACGAGGACACCGUGCGCUUUGCCAUCGAACAGAUGAACCAGAUCGGCAUCUCGCCCGAGGACAAAGUGAUUUGCUUUGGCCAAUUGCUGGGCAUGUGCGACUACAUUACCUUCCCACUGGGACAGGCCGGCUACUCCGCCUACAAGUACAUCCCGUAUGGACCCGUUGAGGAGGUGCUGCCAUACUUGUCGCGUCGCGCACAGGAGAACAAGGGUGUGCUCAAGAAGAUCAAGAAGGAGAAGCGACUGCUGAUGGCUGAGAUUCGGCGUCGCCUGCUGCGCGGCCAGCUCUUCUACAAGCCCAAAGGCAACUACGUACCCAUCUAAGCCUGCUAUCGGCAGGCAGCACACUGGAUGGACGCGCACUGUACAGACACACACGGACAGGCACAACGUACAGAAAUGGGUUGCGGUGACAGCGACAAAGACCACCACCACCACCACCGCAUCCAAGCGAUGCUGUUGAUGAUUAUAUGUCGCCAGGGAAUUGUGCUCGCUUCAGGCUUUUUUUUAUUCUGUUUGUUAUCCAUUCUAAAUGUUUACGAGAUCUGCGUCCACUGCUCCUUCCACCGCACAUGCUCCACCCACAA